AUGGCAUCCGUGGAUCGAAGCCUCCCAGCGAGCUCCUCGGCGACUACGUCGAGGAUGGCACGGCCGACGACGAGGCCGGGACUUCAGAGGGAACUCUUCCAGGUGCCCAUCACCGCCCUGGCUUUUUACACCUCUCCCUCGGGGGCCGUAUUUGUCCUGGCUGGUGAGGAUGCCUCGCUGAGCAUCUACGCCGCAGACGGCCCGUCGGCCGAGUUGAUCUGCUGCCUCGCCGUCUUCGACCAGGACCAGCCCGUUCACGGCAUCCAGGUGGACGGCCAACAAUGUCUCGUCUGGGGGUCGUCUUUGCUGUCCGUUUUGCAUCUGGGCGCGCUGGAGACCGACAAGACGGUCAAGCUGGUGGCCAAGGGCAGAGCGUCGGAUUGGAUCUACGACGCUGCCCUGUCACCGUGGGACCCUUCGCUCGCCGUCCUCGCCACGGCGCACAACGAAGUCGUGCCUCUUCGCCGUGGCGUGUCCGACAGCCUCGUCUUUGGUGCCUUGACAUCCCCCUCGCGGCCGAUGCUCUACAACGCCCACCUCUCAUGGCUGUCGCCUACCACGGUGCUCGUGGCUGCAGGCACCGUCUUUGGCGACAUUGUGGUGUGGAAGUAUCUCUUCGCCCGCGACGACUCGCCCGCAGAGUACGUGGUAUUGUUCAACCUUUCAGGCCACGAGGGAUCCAUCUACGGAGUGGACAUGUCUCCCGAGAUUUUGCUGCCCGAUGGUCGGCCGAUGAGGCUGCUGGCGAGCUGCAGUGAUGACCGGACCAUUCGCGUCUGGGACGUUACGGAGCGGGAGGGCACCGACAAAUCAAUCGCGCAAGGAAGCAACAUGCUGGGCACGGGCUUUCGAUCGACUUUGAACGGCCAACAUGCCUCGGAGCAACCGCAAGAUGCCGUCAUGCCCAUCGCCGUCAUCAUGGGCCACGCCUCACGCAUAUGGGGCGUCAAGUUUGGAGUCGCAAGCACCCCAUCACCCGGCCAUGGCUCCCUGGCCAUCUAUUCCUUUGGCGAGGAUUCCACUACCCAACGAUGGCGCUUUGCAUUCGACGUCCUGGAGGACGACCGAGUAACGGGUCGGUUGGCUCAUAGCCAAACCUACUCGCUGCACCAAGGAAAGCACCUGUGGGCAGGCGCAGUCUUGUGCCGCCGCGACGAGAGGACGAUGAUUGUCACCGGUGGAGGCGACAGCAAAAUCAACAUCGUCAGAGAGCCCGACGCCGAGUGCACGCCGCCCGGUGCGGCGGCUGGUGGCGACGGCAUCGUUGCCGUCGACAUGCAGGACAUGGUCCGAUCAUUGCCCGCCCACCAGCGGGCAGAAGACAAGUCUGAAAUGAUCAGCCGCUACGACUUUCUUCUCAACGGCCAGGUGCUCGCUCUGAGCAAUCUCGGCCGUUUGUUUCUAAGCUUCCCACGAGCCGACGGUCUCGCCUGGCGGCAGGUGGAGGUGGACGAUGGCAUGACGGCCGACCUCAGAUUCACGUACACGAUCCGAACGACGAGCAACGGCUCUGCCAUUUUGGGGACCAGCAAUGGCGACGUCUUCUAUUUCCAGCUUCCAGGUCGCAUUUCGCGCGUAGCCAGAGUCCCCGGCCGAAUCAUCGACAUCAACCGUCUCUCACCCUCCGCUCAACAACCUGACAGCUCGGCUUGCGUCCAGGUACUCGUUCACAUUCAAGGCAGCCCGGACUCGCAGUACAUUGCUCUCGACGCGAGUGGCAAGGUCCUGGUCCACGAGGCCGUCAAGGGCCUCGAUGGCCGAUUCGUAGCUACAUCCUCCGCCAUGGUCGGCAAUCUGCUAAUCAUUGGAUCUCGCCGUGGCUGGCUCUGCCUUCUCGCGAGGCAGGAUGGUGGCUGGCGUCCGAUGGUCAAUUUUGCGACUCGCAGCCGCGAUGCCAUCACGAGCAUUGUUCCGUUGCCUUCCGCGUCCGAACCAGCAUCCGACCUGGUGCACCUCCUGCUGACGAGCCGGGACGGCAAAUACCGCAUCUACCAGUUUCAACGAGGGGCGCCUGCGCAGCUUCACCUGCUGCACGAAAACGCUCCGCCGUUUGGCCCGAUGAUCGAAGGUGCAUGGUUCACGAGCGACAGGGCUGAGCCGGAACUCAUCCUGUACGGUUUCAGGAGCAAAGACUUUGUGGUCUGGAACGAGACGAGGCGAGAGGAGGUGGCGACGGUCGAGUGCGGCGGUGCGCACAGAAAGUUUCGACUGGGCCGCAGCGGCGCGGACCCGAGUCGCUGCUGGCUCGCCUUCACUCGAACAUCCAAGCUCUACAUAUAUUCGCAGUCCGGAAUGCCGCAUCAGACCCUCAAGGCGGGAACUCACGGGCGCGAAAUACGGGCGAUGAGCUCCAAUGGGCGAUAUCUCGCUUCGGGGGCGGAAGACACGUUGAUCCAAAUAUGGGCGUAUCGCGAGGAGCAAGGGCCGGGUCGGGCGGAAAUGCAAUGUCUCGCGUCGAUGAAGGCGCACGCGUCCGGGAUCCAGGAACUGCACUGGUUCGGGGACGAGUACCUCUUCAGCAGCGGCGGCAACGAAGAAUUGUUCGUCUGGAGAAUACGCAAGCUUCCCACAUACGGCGGUCUCGCCGUCGUUUGCGAGGGCGUCUUUGCUGACAAGAGCCCUCUGGGCGACCUGCGGAUCAUGGACUUUGACAUCAGCGGCAUCGACGGCGGAGGCGGAAUGCUCGUGACGCUGGCCUUUUCCAACUCGACGGUCAAGACGUACCGCUACACGACGGGCGGCGGCUUCGCGCUCCACGCGCAGGGGUGCUACACCGGAGCCUGCCUCACGCAAACGCGCCAUCUCGGACUUGUCCGAGGCCAGCUAUGGCUGUGCACGACGUCGACCGACGGACACGUGGCUCUGUGGAAGACGGCGGGACAGGUCGACGGCGACGGCGACGCGCGGCGACACGUCCUCGCCGAGGCGGUUCAGAUGCAUCAGAGCAGCAUCAAGAGCAUCGACCUGCUCCGGGUCGGACCAAGGUUCAGGCUCAUGACGGGCGGCGACGACAACGCCGUCGGCUCCGCCGUCGUGAGUGAGAACGAGGAGGGCGACGGGUACACGGUCUCGACGCGAGGUGUCGUGCGGAGGGCGCACGGCGCCGCCGUCAACGGUGUCGUUCUCCUGCGCCGAGGCGGAGAGGGAGACGAUGACGAGGUCGUCGGCGUGAGCGUGAGCAACGACCAGCGUGUGAAGAUGUGGAGGAUGACGGGUCGCCGAGGACAAGAAGUCGCGCUCGUGGCAUCGGCCUACAGCGCGGUGGCGGACCCCGGAUCCGUCGCCCGGGUCGGCCAUGGAGACGACUCCCGCGUCGUGCUCGGAGGGGUCGGCGUCGAGGUUUGGCGCUGGGCCGGAGCAGGUUGA